AACGCGUUUAGUUCAGUUACGUUUGCUCAGCCUAUCUAACCCGUCCAGAGUGGCACAGUGCUCAGUUAGUGAUGGCACCGAACAAAAAUCUAGCCGCCACCGUUUACGGUCCGAACGAUCUUCGGCUGGACGAGCGUCCUAUUCCGGAGCCGGCGUUCAACGAGGUCGUGGUGGAGGUGGACAGCUGUGGCAUCUGCGGUACGGACAUUCACUUCCUCAAGGAUGGUGGUUUCGGGGCCCAGCGGCUUAUCAAACCGAUUGUGCUUGGUCACGAGUCGGCCGGUGUGGUGCGCAAGGUGGGCAGUGCCGUGACGCAUCUGAAGGUGGGCGACCGGGUAGCGAUCGAACCGGCGGCCGGUUGCCGUACGUGUGAUCUGUGCAAGGUGGGCAAAUACAACAUAUGUCUGGAUGGGAAACACUGUACGACGCAGAAGCAUGACGGCAACUGUUCGAACUACUACGCGCAGUAUGCUGACUGUUGCUUCAAGCUGCCGGACCACGUCACGAUGGAGGAGGGCGCACUGCUGGAACCGUUGGCUGUGGCCGUCUAUGCUGGACGUCGUGCUCAGAUUGGGCUGGGAGAUAAAGUGGUGAUUUUUGGUGCCGGUCCUAUUGGACUGGUGUGUUUGAUUGCGGCCAAAGCGAUGGGAGCUACGCGCACAGUGAUUUUGGACCUGGAGCAUGCGAAGCAUCGGCUAGAGGUGGCGAAAAAGCUCGGUGUUACGGGUGUGAUUGGUAUUCGGAAGGAGGACACAGAGGACGAGCUCGUGAAGCGGAUACACGAGAUACUGGGCGGACCGGCUGACCGAGUGCUGGAGUGUUCCGGUUCACAGCCGGGAAUGCGUGUUUCGAUCAGGGCUACACGAAACGCUGGCCGGAUCUGUUUGGUUGGGUUGGGAAACAAGGACGUCCAGCUGCCGAUGGUGGAUGCCAUCUCGCGGGAAAUCGAAAUCACCACUGCCAUGCGUUACAAUCACGAUUAUCCAGCUGCCCUUGAAAUCGUUGCCAGUGGGUACGUAAAUGUGAAGCCGCUGGUAUCCCAUCACUUCGAUCUGCAGGACGUGCAUGAAGCUUUCCGGGUGGCAUCGCAGGGAGAAGGCAUCAAAAUUAUGAUUCAUUUAGUUCCACGGGACACCAACAACCCCACUAAGUUUACCAACUGAAAAACAAGCUUUUGUUAAGGAAUUGUUGCCGUAUAAGCCUGUGAAAAAAAUGUAUGGUUGAUUUUAUAAAUCAUAUCAGCAAUAAAGUACUGGAAGAAAUGUAUAAAAACUA